AUGACCGGCGAAAUUUUCUCAUACAAGUUCUCUGCAUUAAAGGACUCCAGGGGUUCCAGGAUGGAUGACUCUGACCCAUACGAUCCCCUUUUGGAUGACACAGACGACAAAUCUUCACACAAAGAUGGAAGUAGAAUUCCCAGCCGCGUUCGACAUCGUUUCUUCAUCUUAGGCGGUGGCUUACUACUGGUAUCAAUCCUAACAUUAAUCAUCGGAGGUGUCAAUACUGCUAUAAUCUCGUCUGUUGCAAACCGUACUCUCAAGAUGACCGACGAAGUCACAUCUAUGCAAGCGGCAACGACAAAAAACAGUCCAUAUCGGCCCUCAGGAGAAUCGACUGGAGAUGAAUUUGGUCAUUGUGGGAAGUCCAUUCAUGAGGCCCGAGAACUGGGCUGUAUCUUCGAUCCAAUGUCGUGGGCCUGGCAACGACCAGAAUGCUACCACGCCGAUUUGGUGAAUGACUUCCUAGAGAGAAUGGAUUGGCAUUUCUGGCUCAGUAAUGAAACUCUCCCAUCUGAAGAGGUGCCGCGCGAAGAAUGGGAGCGUGGAGACUAUACCCUUCUUUGGGGUCCACGUAUGUGGCAUCAGUUUCACUGUACUUAUUCUUGGAGGAAAUUCCACGAUGCCUUCCGCAAUGGAAUGCCUAUGGAUAAUGACAUUCUGAAACCCGAACACACACUCCACUGCGAUAGCGUUUUCCUCCACGACUACGACCCAAAGAUCUCGGUUCCGUGCGAUCACUUGGAGAGCGGAUGCCACACAACAGAGCUUCAUGCAGGAUUCAAUCGUUGCGGUUGGUCUUGA